AAAUUAUCGCACAACUCAUUAUCUCAAAUCCAGAUUUACAAAUUCCUAUCGCCGAAUAUGAAACAAUAGAUUCAUAUUCAUCUAGACGAACAAAAUAAGUCAACGAACCGAGUUAAAUCGACACCAAGAAAUUAUAUCCUCCUAACACACACCGACGCAAAAAUGCGCUACAAUCCAAUUCGAUCCCUCAAUGCCCAUCCGUGUCGCCCCCUCCCAAAUGCGGGCCAAACUCCUCGCAUAAUCGAGCCUCGUUAUCUCCGCAAUACCUCCCCUACAAUUUCCGCCAGAUUGCAUAAAUGGUGGACCAAGAAAACCAAAGCUGAGAGGAUCAAUCUCGCAAAGAAGAUUCCAGUUGCUUUUGCAGUUGUGGGUUUGAUCGCUGUGGUUGCAGAUGCAAAGAUUAGAGAUAUUUUGUUGAGAAGGGGAGGGGGAGGAGAAAGAGGGGGAAAUUGGGGUAUGGAAGGAGGCGAGGAUCAUGCUGGUGGUAUGACUAUGUUGGUUGGGGGAGGAACGAGGGUUAAUUCUAUUUGUGAUUAUAUGACUUUUUAUCAUUAGGAUGUCAUUUCGUCUGUCAUUCGAGGACUUUCCAUUAAUUUGGGAUUUUGAGGAGUUGGAUAGAGUUUAAGGUUCAGAUCCGAAUUUAUAUAGGGUUUUUGGCUACGAUCGGCUUGGGAUUGGAAGCUAGGAGUUGGAUAUAUAGAUGAUAUGAUU